ACAAUAUAUUAUAUUUUCUAUCAUAAAAUUAUUUUGAAAAUGUUUUUAAUAGCCUAAACGUAAAUAUGGAUUACUUAUGGCCACAAGAAAGACUGCUAAAAAUAUUUAGUAAAAGUUCAAUUCGUUUAGCGGUUGCGCACGCGUCGGGCGAUGGCGUCUUAAACAGAUGCUGUAGGUUGUGUGGAAGCGAAAAUAAUCUUAGAUGCUUUUGCACUUCUUAUAUGUGCGAAGGGGUGGAAGAGAGAUACGAUCAGAUGCUGUUCAAUAGCUUUGGAAUAAGAGUAUCACCCCCAGAUUGCCUGGUCUGCGAGAAUUGUAUCAGACAACUUCGGAAUAUAAAUAGAUUUCGAAGCUUGGUUUUAGCUGCUUUUGCAAGGGCUUCCAGUGAAUAUUCCACGCGUUUAUCACAAAAAAGUGGAAAAGGAAGUCAGAAGGCAAAAAUCAAAGGCAAGAAAUCGUCAAUUUCGGAAUAUCUGAAAAAUGACUCGAAGGCGUACGUGAAGAGGGCCAGUUCCAAAAAGUCCUCUUUAAACACGAAUGUUCAACUCAAAAGGACAAAUGUGGCUUGUUCCAUGUGUAAGCAAAGGUACCCAAUGUUGCUACCAACGAAAACAUCGAAGAUUUUCGUAUGUUCGCGUUGUAAAAAGAAAUCGGCACCGCGUAAUACAAUAUGCAGAAAGUGUAAUAUUAUAUUGCCGGCGAAUAAAUUACGCGAACAUUUGGAAAAUCACACGAGGAACGAAAUGAAACGUAAAAGCAGAUUAAGUUUAGGUUCAAGAAACUUAAAUCAAGGAAGAACAGAGAGCCAUUUUCCUCAAUUACAUCAACACUAUUGCGCCGAAUGUCCCAAAAAAUAUGCUCUCGCACAGCAUCUGGCAACCCAUAUUCAGAGAGAGCAUAAAAAACAGCCGGAGUAUCUAUGCGCUGUCUGUGGGAAGGACCUUAAAUCACGAGAAAUGCUCGAUCGUCAUAUGAGGACGCACACAGGCCAACCCAUAUAUCAAUGCGAUGUGUGUUUACGAUAUUUUAAAGGCAAGCAAAGUUUUCAAACGCAUUAUUUGUCACACGGAAAAUGAUAUUUUUAAUCUGUUGAAUUGUUUACACAUUGUCAAAAGUUGAAGUUUGUCUGUGAAAAUGUAGUUACUCUGUUUGUUUUGGCGGCAAGUUUCGUUCUAAAAGCGUUGAUCGAUACAUGAUAUGAAUUGUAAAAUUAAUCUCUAGAGCGCAGGUAGGGAUUAAUUUGUGAUGUCAAGUACGAAAAAAAAACAAAAGAACGUUUCACUCGUUAUUGUUUCAAAUAUUUCUUUUGUCUAAGCAAAGAUUGUUUUUAAGCUUUUUUGGCGGGAACCGUUUUGGUCCUUUAGUAAGUUAA